AAAUAUUUAGCUAAAAACUCAAUUAGAUGUAAAUUUGUGGAUUCUGUGGCCUCUCCACGUUUAAUGCACUUCUCCUUCUCCAGUCUCACCAUCAUUUCAGUGAACAGCCUGGUGAUCACCUGAGAAACUGAAUGUAGAAGAUGGAAACCAAGUACUGCAGCAGCGACAAAGAAGAAACUUUCAAAACAGAACUGCCAUACUGCAUGGGAGAAAUUGACUUCACAGCUUCUGGGAAGAAACGUGGAAAGUUUAUUAAGGUCCCGUGCACCAUUCACCCUGGAGUUAUAUUUGAAGUUAUGCUCAACAAAUGGAAGCUACCGGCUCCCAAUUUGGUUGUCUCUUUAGUAGGGGAAGAUGAAAUUUUCCAGAUGAAGCCUUGGUUGCGGGACACGUUAAAAAAAGGACUCAUUAAGGCAGCCCAAAGCACAGAUGCCUGGAUUUUUACCAGCGCUUUACGUGUUGGAAUAACAAGGCACUUGGUGCAAGCAGUCCGAGAUCAUGCCUUGGCUAGCACAUCAUCCAAAGUAAGAGUCAUCACCAUAGGAAUUGCUUCCCUUGGAAAAAUUCAGCACAGAGAAAUUCUGGACAACACAAAGGAUGGAAGUCUUGUACACUACCAAUCAGAUGAUAAUGCCCAAGGCCCUCUGUAUUCACUGGACCACAAUCACUCCCAUUUUAUUUUGGUGGAUCAUGUAACACCAGAUGAUCCAGAUGAGACCACUAAGCUACGGCUCACCUUGGAAAAGCACAUUUCAGAACAGCGUACUGGAUAUGGUGGAUCUUGA